GCACUGACGGACGGAGAGCGGUUUGCAACUGCUGUUUCUUGCCUGUUGCUGGAUCAGCCGUUCGACCGUCAGCGUCACUACGUUUUGUGCGCCGGGGAGGGAGCAACAACAACCUUGACCUAACGUGAUGUGCAGAGGCGAAUUGGCAAUCUAAAAGCCCGUAUUGUUUGGGUGAUCCGCGUUGAGGAGACAUUCAGCUUGAAGCGAACGCGCGCGUCGUCUGCUUCACUGCCGGCAUCGUCUGGUACGAAAGACUGACUUGCAGCCGGCUUUUGUUGCGUCAGAUUGCCGUCUAUUCGAAAACCGAACGGCGCCAUCGCAACCGGAAGCGGUGGAUCAACGGGAGCUCUUAUCGUCGGCUGCCCAAAGUUUGCGCGCAGGAUGGACUACCUGAGGGACCCGAGGAUCUGCAAGAACCUGGCGUUCAGCGCCCGGGACCGCGACAACAUGUCCCUGCGCGGCCUGAUCCCGCCGGCCGUCCGCUCUGUGGAGACCGAGCUGCAGGCGGUCAUGGACAAUAUUAAGCUGUACGAGUCGGGGCUCGCAAAGUACCUCUAUCUGCGGGAGCUGCACGACUACAACGAGAAGCUCUUCUUCCGCGCGCUGAAGGAGUACACCGAGGAGCUGAUGCCGCUGGUGUACACGCCCGUGGUGGGCGAGGCGUGCCUCAAGUACAGUCUCAUCUACCGUCGUCCCAAGGGACUCUUCCUGACGGCGCAGGACGCGGGCAAGCUGUACGAAGUGCUCGGCAACUGGCCCGAAAAGCAGGUCGACGCUAUCGUGGUGACGGACGGUGAGCGUAUCCUGGGUCUCGGUGACCUGGGAGCCAACGGCAUGGGCAUCCCCGUCGGAAAGCUGGCGCUGUACACGGCGCUGGCCGGCAUCCAUCCCGAGCGGACCCUUCCCGUCAUGCUAGACCUUGGCACAAACAACGAGAUUCUGCUGGCCGACCCGUACUACAUCGGUCUGCGUCAGAAGAGAAUCCGCGGUGCCCAGUACGACGACUUCGUGGACGAGUUCAUGCAGGCGGCCGUCAAGAGGUUCGGAAAGAACUGCCUAAUCCAGUUCGAGGACUUCGGCAACCGAAACGCCUUCAAGCUUCUCGCCAAGUACAAGAACAGCUACUGCACAUUCAACGACGACAUUCAGGGUACCGCAUCGGUGGCUGUGGCCGGUCUCCUAGCAAGCAUGCGCAUCACCAAGACACCGCUGUCUUCCAACAAGAUCCUCUUCAUGGGAGCUGGAGAGGCCUCCCUGGGCAUCGCCGAACUACUCGUCAUGGCGAUGGUAAAAGAGGGUGCCACUGAGGCUGAUGCCAGAAAUAGCAUCUGGAUGCUCGACUCCAGAGGACUCAUUGUCAAGGAUCGCGCCCCGAACGGCGACAGUACGCAGUCUCACAAGGAGAAAUUCGCCAAGGACGCCAAGCAGAUGAACAACUUGCUCGAGAUCGUGAAGUUCGUCAAGCCUACCGUUCUCAUCGGUGCGUCGGCGCAAAGCAACGCGUUCAACAAGGAGAUCUUGGAGUGCAUGUGCGCCAACGCCGAGCGACCCGUGGUGUUCGCCCUGAGCAACCCGACGCACAAGGCCGAGUGUACCGCCGAGGCUGCGUACACCUACACAGACGGCAAGUGCGUGUACGCCAGUGGUAGCCCGUUCCCGCCAUUCAAGUACAAGGGCAAGACCUUCUAUCCAGGACAGGGCAACAAUGCCUACAUCUUCCCGGGAAUCGCACUCGCUGUGUCUGCCUGCGGAGUCACCACCAUCAGCGACGAGGUCUUCCUCAUUGCCGCCAAGACGGUGGCCAACACAGUGACGGAGCAAAACCUGAAUGAAGGGCGCGUCUACCCGCCCCUCUCGGACAUCCACGAGGUGUCGUUGAACAUUGCCGCCGAGCUGGCCUCCCACUUCUACGCCACCGGAGUGGCAACCGUCAAGCCUGAGCCCAAGGACAAGAUGGCAUUCUUGCAGAGCAAGCAGUACGACUUCAGCUACCCCGGGACCGUCAAGGUCAAGUAGACGCCCACGGCUGCGCACCACCUCCUUGUCGUUGUAUUUUAAUGUUUUUUUUUUCGUUGUCAUCGUUCAGUCCCAAGAAGUUCCAACGCAGCUUGCAGACGUAGUUACUGGACGCGACGUCUGCAAGCUUGUACGCGCGUCUUUCACGCACCGCCUCGUGUACUGCUGCACACAACGAUCGGAUUACUUAGAUUAUUAUACAGACGAGAAUUACAUAAUCAAUGGCUUGAGAUGUGGCAUCACUCUAUGGCUGUGGCCUUGCUUGGCAGGAAAAGAUAAACCAGAUAAGACCAAGCACGGCUCAUAACCGCUGUACUGUUUGAAUUCAGGUAAAUCUCACCCUGCUUUUUGGUUUCGCCCCGAUGUCCCCAGACGUUUUCUCUCUCUCUCUCUCUUUUCACUUAACAUCAUUUCACUGACGUGGUGCAGUGCACCAACGUUUGUUACGUGCAAUGAAAGGAUAUUCGAGCAGGAGUCACAGCUACGGCUCAUGUAAGCCACUGUGAAUCUUCUUACGAGCUUACCACACAUAAUGUUUAUUGAAAUGCGAAACACAUAAUUUAUUUCUGUACGGUGUUGCGGUUAGAUAGGUUUUGGUAGUUGGAGAGAUCUGUAUGUCGUCAGAAACGACGUUGUUUGCUGCAAAAAAAAAGGAGGGGGGAGUGAAUUAAGCGUGACGGCGAAGGGAGAAUAUAUUGCGACGAUUGUUAUGACUCUAUUGUGAUGAGCCCCGAGGAAUGAAAUCCCUUAUUUGCCCUGGUAAGACAGACAUCCCCGACUUUUUCUUUUGAAAACGUUGUCUGGUGGUCAACAGUGUUUCGGGCUGGCUCCGAAUCAGCGUGAUUUUGUGUAUAGCUAACACACAGACAUUACAGGGCUAGCCUGUUAUUGCACAACUGCUGCGACCUCUCUUUUCUGGUUGGCAUCUUAUUGCCAGGUGGUUGUUAGGACGUCGUAAAGCGCAGCAACAGAAGCAUUAGAGAUAAUUAACCUUGUAUUUAGGAAGACCCAGGCCUGUAUUUUGUUGUUUUUAAUAGUUUUGAGGACUUGAAUGGAAAGCUUGAACCUGACAUAUUAUUUAACUGGUAUUACACGGUAUGGUUUCUUUUUUUUUGUAUAAAGAUUUAAUAUAUAAUGUAUAGAAAGUGCUAUUUCAGGACUUUGUGUGGUGGAGGAUAUUUUCACCAAAUAUUUGAAAUAGUAAAUUCCUGCACAAUGCAAAGAACACGAUUAAAAUCACGCCUAUUAUAACGUCGUACAAUUAACCAUCAAUCCUUCAGUAAAACUAUAUGAAAAACAUAAACAUGAAGUAAGUCACAUAACAUCACGAAAGUUCGCUCGUAUUCCAGCUUUACAUGCUACCAUAUAUAGGUAUAUUGUUCGUGCGGCUGGCACAACAAAAAGCCAUGACGAAGUCAUCAGCUGAGGUAUGAUAUUUGUUCUAGUAAUUUUUUCUUGAAAGACGCUUUAUUUCUACAUAUAUACAUGACACAACUGUCAGAUUUGUGAAUCUGACCUGAGAGCAUUAAGAACCGACUAUAACCCAGUCAAAAUUGCUAUCGACCUGAGAGGUAAUGCAACUUUUGUUUUAACAGUGUGGAUUAAAAGAUUUGCACCUGUUUAGUAACUGCGUAGUUUUUGUUGCCUCAGGUUACUUGCGUGGUGCAUGCGAAGUCAACUUAUUUCCUUGUCAUCGCAGCCUCGAUGAAAUUUUUUCACAAGUGUGCCUGUCUGGUCUCUCUGUCAGCUUCGUGAGCAGCCGAAAUUCACAUAACACAAAGAUGCUUUUGAAAUGAAAGACAUGCUUUGCUUAUAAAGAUGGCAGACUUUCGUAUAACCUUAUUUACUUUAACGCUUAUUCUUACUUGGUGGUCGAGGCGUCUGAGGAAGAUUAUCCGUUAUAUUAGCUUGACUGUACGUUUUAUACCAAACAAAGGCAAAGGAAUGGAUUUUUGUGUUGAAGUAUGUGCAUAUGGUGCAAUAUGCAUGCUGGGAACACUGUAUUUGCAGUUGUGAAGACCCACAAGGGUCAAAUAUGCACGCCGCGACAUUCGAUAGUUCUGUGCGGCUGGUCGACAUAAUAUGUUACACAAGGGGAAGGGCUAAAUUGUUCAAGAAGCACACAGAAAGGCAGGACAGAUGGGUGUGUUUGUAGAAAAGGUUUAGCGCUUAUAACUAGAAUGAAAAAAAAAUGUUUGUCUUUGUGAGGUGAAUUCAACAACUUUCUCAUUUAGUACGGUGCAUCUGAAACCUUUUGCUAAGUGGCGUAACGCAGAAAUUUUUCUAAAGAACCCAGUUUAAUCUGACAAAACACAGUGGUUUUUUCACCGAAUCUGUAACUUGAAAGAAUUUUUUUUCUUUAACGUAGCAAGUCAAAAGUGGUGAGGGCGUGUCGCCGUCUUGCUAUUUAGGUACGCAUAAAAUUGAGUGCAGUAUAUUAAUGAUACAUCAAGGUUCUGUUAUUGUGAAUAUGGUGCUUUUAGAAAGUCCAAAUUGUUGGUUCGAUUAUAUGAUUUCAGAGGCGGCGCCUAAUUAAAGAAGUUUUGAUAGAAUGAAGGAAACGCCCCGGUGACUGUUCUUCAUUAAACCAUAAUAGAUAGUGCUGAAGUUGGAGGCUAAAAAGUGUUUGGUAAAUCUAUGCAUUGUCAUGUUUACCGUAGUGUCUCACGAAAGCAUGUGCUGCGGUAAGUUUCUACACUUGCCUUACAGAUACAAAUAAUUAUCGGUAGUCUGGUACCUAGUUGCGAUUCCGUAGAGUGCCGGCAGUGUGAUAUCUGUUUUAAUAUCGAUUGUACUCGGAAUAUCUGAUGUUGGAUGAGUUCACCUAAAUUUCCUCAUUGCUGCGAGAAAUUGGGAGUGUGGACCCUUCUCCUGAAAAAAAGGCUUUCUUUUUCAAGGAGGCCCGACAUAGAUAAGCAUCGAAUGUAUUAUAUGGAGAAUGACAUGUGUCUGUGAUGAUGUAUCUGUAAAUUGUGGAGCUAACCAAGAAAUUUCUAUUAAAAUAUCGCAGACAUUGCCAUGGCUUCUAGAAGGUGAGAUGCGCACGCAGAAUGAAGUUUAACUUAGUUUGUAAGGUAAUUUCGUGGGAUAUACAAUCGUAUUAGUUUCAACCAAUGUCGGUGUUCUCGUGCACGUUGCUUGUAUUAUCAGAUGGGCGCAAUUAUCUCCUACCAGACAUAUGUCCAAGAGGUACCGAACGAUCUCGCAAGAAGUAUCUACGUGGAGGUGGUAGUAUUAGCGCAGCAAAUGCAAGAUCAAAAAUUAUUACUGCCAUCGUGACCGCUAACUGCAUGAUGUCGUAGCCGUUAUCGUGCUGCGCUGCUGUAAUCUCAUAUUUGAUGUAUUAACUUCCUUUUCCUCGUUUUUUUUUGCAGAUAUGUGAUAGUUGCAAUUGUUAAGCUAGCGAUUCUCAGUGAGUCGAGAUUAUUUACAAACGCUGAGGAUGUUGUAGUUCUAUUUAUUCUAAUAUGAGUGUUAUUACAUAUAUUAUCUUUGUCUCAUCUCAAUUCACUGAUAUAUUUGAACGUAUACUGGAAGUAUAGUUGUCGAGUAAACAUUAUCAGCAUAUAUUGGCCGUCUCCCUUCUCCACUGUGCAGUGCAGGACGAUGGGAAAACGGUGUGUAUUGGUUUAUAUUUAUUUCUAGAACCAUGCUUCGUUCUACAACAGCAACCAAAGCGAGAGGCCAUCAUAGAGCUCACACAUUCUUAAGAGUCUGUCAACCCUUGUAUGCAUCGACAUUAUUACGAUUGGUAAAAAAAAAGCUACACAGAAAUUAAAAAAACGUUGAGCUAAUGUCUACGCUAUUGAUGUCUCUCGCUGAAAAAAUUCGAAACUUGCGCUUGCAAGCAUUUACGUGGAAGCUUCUAGUGAUUACAUUUUUUUUGUUCGUCGCACGCAGUGUUUCAGCAAUUAUAGUCGACGUAUGUGUUUGGUGGUCGUGUCAAAAUGGCUCGUUUCCCUAUUGCGACACUUUGUUGCGGCGGCGUUCACUAACCUACCUGGGCUUAACCAUGUCUCGCCUUGUAUGCAGGAGACGCCGAUGAACAACCGUUACAUGACGUAUUUGUUGCACUGUUUCUUGUAGCUUGCUGGUGUGAACCGCGUGCGCAUAGCUUCCGUCGUCCUUAGAGCGGUGGCUUGCUCUGUUUCGCUUGCGCAAGGCACCGACUGAUUCCGGACAGGAAGCUUCUGUUUAAUCUACGCUGCCGCAUCAGACAGAGUAUCGAUGGUUGGUGAAACCCUCACUUAUAAAUGACGUCACCCUGUUUUGAAAAUGGGCCUCCGUAGCUAACAGCCUCAUGUUAAAGUUGGGUAUUGGGGCUGUUGGUGCCCUCAAUGGCUGUCCAAACGACAGGGUCACGUACGACAGACGAGCAGUUGACGUGUCCACCCAGAGGCCAUUCCUGAGGCUUCAAACGUCCCUUCGUGCUGUUUUAUAGGUACGCUGCGUUAGAGUUUCCUAAUGAAUUUCUCGCUCUGAAAUCAUUAGUGUCACGUGGAGUUAAAGUGAUAGAUUAUCGAAAGGCACACACAAAAAGAAUUUAAUCGUGUGGAGGGUUGAUGUUGAAUUUUAAGUUUUAUUUGAUGACAGACCGGCUCUAAAUGCUCGUGAUAUUGAGUUGGUGUACGUUCUGGUAAUAUAUAGGAGCAAAAGGGAUAUGAGUGACUGGCUUAUGAAAGUCUGCUGACAAUAUGUAUUGUGGGCUGAAAACAUCACAGUAACUUACAAUGAUAGCGAAUAUUGUAGGCUUGAUUUCAGCAAACAGAAGUUUCAAACAACAGCAUGUACAGGGUCAAACAUAACAAAGCUACAGGAAAGCCCAGACCUGCCCUCCUUAUCUGAAGUCUUCGGGAAGUCUCAAGUACAUGCAUCUGGUGAGCAUGAUCGCUAUGAAGGCUGAGAAAUUGCAGUGCCACGUUUUAUGCCCUAUCCCUGAUUUAAAACACUAGCGUGAAUACUUGAAGAACACCUUUAAUUGUGAUCGCAUUCGGGCUCGCAGGUAAAAGUGGCUUGUCAGUUUCGCGGGGUGUGCCAGGGUGCAAAGAUGUCAUGAACUUCAUCGGCGCCUCUGCGAACAAGCGCGAGAAUUCCGAUACAGCUCUCGUUCUAGACAAGGAUGAUGGAGGCUGAGCAUAGCACGAAAUAAAUAAUAAGAAGAAAAACUUCUGUGAUGCUCGUUACUUACUGCGAAGAGUGAGAUGUGUUCGCUUUAGAUGUAUUGUCUGUUGUGGUGCUUUUAAUGGUUUGUGUGGCGUGCGAUGUAUUAUGUCAUCGACAAUUCACAUUGGUUCAUCUCGCUCAGCUGCUGACCUGUGAACGCCUGUAGUGUCCUUAAAAGAUACAUUAGUUUUUUCAACCUUAAUAUAUUAGAUGAUCAUGCACUGCGAGUAGUGAUGCAUAUCCACAAAGCUGUGCAUAUAGGAUAUUCAGCGGAUGACUUAAAAGAACUGCUAUGUGCGUUUCUGUCCGAUGUCCUGGCACUAUACGGCACGCGUAAGCACAUUGAGAAUGCCGUUUGAUGAGCAUGUCAAUAAAGAAAUAUAAGUGG